CUAAGUAAAUCAGUUAUAAACAUAACAAUUCUACCUCAAGUUAAACUAGCAAGAAGCUGUGUAAUGAUAAUGAUAAUGAUAAUGUCCAUGCCAAUUCCUAAUUCCUCUCUUGAGUCCUUCGUAAAAUAAAUGCAAAAUAUGAUAUUUUAGUAUUAUCGCGCCAUGACACUCAGCCCUGCACUGCCCAAUUAAAUAAUUAUAAAUAAAGUUCAAGAUCUAGAAAAGAAGACGAUUUCACAAUUGUAUAACAAUAAACAUAUCAAUUGACCACAGUAUGUUAACUUCAGUUAAGGAAAGUACAUCAACCUCCAAUGGUUUCCAAUAUUAUUAUGGAGGAGCACCUCUGAAAGGUGUUUCUUAUAACUUUAUAGUAUUUUUCACUCUUCAUUUAAUUAUACUUAACUAUCAAAUCAUUACAAUCGCUUGUUCUAAAAAGAAAAAAGCUUUUGUAACUAAGAAGCAAAUGACUCGUUACCUUUGUAUGAUGAUCCCAUUUUGUGUUGGAUGCUUAUUUGAAACUGUUGGUUUUGUUGGAAGAUUAUUAUCAUCUCAUGAUGUUAACAAUCUUUCCGCAUAUAUUAUGCAAUCAACUUGUAUAUUACUUGCUCCUACUUUGUUUGCUGCCACUAUAUAUAUGAGUUUUGGUGAAUUAGUUAAAACACUUAGGGUUGAUGAAAAGUCACUCAUUAAGCCUAAAUAUCUUACAAAGACUUUUGUUACUGGUGAUGUAUUAUCUUUCCUCCUUCAAGGCUCGGGCGGUGGCUUAUAUGCUUCGGGAUCUUCAUCUACUGGUAGAAUACUUAUUUUGGCUGGUCUAUUUGUACAAAUAGUCUUCUUUGUCUUAUUUUGUAUUGUUGAAAUUGUAUUCUACUAUAGAGUAGAGAAGCAUCCUAAUAAUAUCAGUACAGUAACUCGUCAAUUACCGUCAAAGUUAAGAAACUGGAGAACAUAUAGUGGGAUGCUUUUCUUGGUAUCAAUUUUAAUUUUGAUCAGAUCAAUAUAUCGUACUCUUGAGUUUAUUCAGGGUUUUGAUGGUUCAAUUGCUAGAGACCAAGGAUUGUUAUAUGUUUUAGAUUCGGGAAUGAUGAAUCUUGCAGCAGUAUUGGUUGUCCUGUUCAAUAUUCCAGAUUUCAUGGUUUCAUUCGAAAAGCAAGCUAAUGAUUUUGAAGAUAUGAAUACUAUAAUCAAUGCGUAUGACAGUAAAAGUCAAGACGCGAUAGGAUUACCUCUUAGAACUCUCAUUUAGUAUAAUGUAUUUAUAUAUAGUAAACGAUAAAAAGGUUGCAAAGUGUAAUUAAUUUGCAUUUUCGCACAAACUGUAUAGAAAUAUAGAAAUUCGCUUGAAAGUGAGAAAUAAUAAAAAUUAAAACGCUUACAA